AUGAAGUUACAUAUCGAUCGGAAAUCUGCAAGUGAAUCCCAUGUGCUGGGUCCGGCUAUGCUGGGUCGCUUUGUAGUGCCUGUGAUAUUCAACAAACAUCUACUAGACCUAUGUUGUGUUCAUGAUUGGUUGGAUCGACCGAGAUGGAGAUCCGACGAUUUGUAUGAGUUUGAGCACGAGAUGUACGUGCUAUCAGAUCUGGGGAGUGAGUUGAAGUAUGCCAAUACGGGGUACUGUGUUGUAUUAGGAGGUCAGGUUAUUGAUGCACCGGAUAGUGACCCAUCAGAGCAGGAUGAUGAUCACCCAUCAAGACAAGAUAAUGAUUACCCAUCAUGGCAGGAUGAUUUCAUCAAGCUGCUGUACAAGAGUCCAACAGUUCGGAGUUGCCUAGCGACAGUCAUUACCGACUUGGCGAAACGUGCUGAGAAGAUGGUUGGCGGUCCUCUUAGAUACAGGCAGGUGAGAGACGUCCUUGCAGCAAUAAACCGCUAUCGUUAUGAUGAUCGCGACAUUGAGUUCGAUUGUGCCCGAGAAAUAUCGUUCGAUCGUUGGGACGAAUGUCGCGGAAACCUCACAGAGCUGGCAGCGAGCUACAACUGCUUUCACGUAGUGGAAGAAGAUGGUGCCACUGUGCAGUUUCCAGCUUCACACCUCACAUGCCGGCCUUCAAAACUAUUGGGGGAAGCUGCCAAAAAGAUGGUCGCCGGACUGACCCGAUGA